UAAUACAUUUUAGAAUGAAACAGAUGUAGCAGCUAUGCUUGGGCAAACUUCUUUUGAUGGUGAUACUGGCGAUAUAUUACCAUUUAUGCAAGGAAUGAUGGAGCAUCUUUUGUCAAAAGAAAUUCUUUAUCCGUCAUUGAAAGAACUAUCUGAUAAAUAUCCAGCAUGGUUAGAGGAACAUAAAGCAACUUUAACUGCUUCUGAUUUAGAGAGAUAUACAAAACAGUCAGAAUUGAUGCAAAAGGUAUGUAUUGAAUUGGAAAAAGAAAAGGAAGACGAUACAGAAGAUAUUAAACAACAUCGAUUUGAAUGUGUAUUAAAACUUAUGACGGAAAUGCAAAAUUAUGGUCAAGCACCUGACGAUCUUUUUGGCGAACAGUGCUUGCCUUUUCAAUUUGAUUUCGGAAGCAAUCCCACUUUUCCAUUCCCACCUGGAGUAGAUUCUCAGCAGGAUUGUUGUAUUAACUGAAUAUAUAUGAAUAUAUAGCUAUUUCAAUGUUUCUGGGAUAUUAUAUAAUUUCAACCAUUUUAUUUAUUAUCUUUA